AUGCCGUCACAACCAGGGAUGCCGUCACAACCAGGGAUGCCGCCGCAACCAGGAAUGCCACAACAACAACCGGAGAUGCCUCAACAGGCAAGGUUGCCGCCUCAGCCUGGUUUUCCACAACAGUCUGGAUUACCUCCUCAACCAGGCAUGCCGCCUCAGCCUCCCUUUCAACAGCCCGGUUUGCAGCAAGGUUUCCCGCCGCAGUCUGGUCUUCCUCCGCAACCAGGCAUGCCACAGCAAAUGAACAAUCAGUAUCAAUCGAUGGCCGGUCUCCCUCAUAUGCCGCCUCCGCUGGGUCAGCAGAGGCAGCAGUAUGGUGGCGCGCCGCCGCCCCAGCCUCAGUUCCCGCAGCAGGGAUACCAGCAACAGCCGCAGUCUGGUUACCCGCCGCAGCCGUUCCCCGGCCAGCAACCCAGCUACCCUGGACAGUAUCAGCAACCACCGCAGAAAAGAUUAGAUCCCGAUAGCAUGCCUAGUCCGAUUCAAGUGAUGGCGGAUGAUCAGCAGAACAGAGGCGGUAUAUUUGUGACCAACGAGAAGGGCUUGGUGCCUCCUUUGGUCACCACUGACUUCGUAGUCGACGAUAAAGGCAAUGCUAGUCCUAGAUACAUUAGGAGUUCAAUGUACAGCGUACCAGUGACUGCUGAUUUGCUAAAACAGACAUCGAUGCCCUUUUGUUUGGUGGUGAGCCCGAUGGCGGAGCCGGUGGGCGCGGAGCCGGAGCCGCCGCUGCUGGACUUCGGGCAGCUGACGGGCUGCGCGGGCGCGGGGCCCGUGCGCUGCAGCCGCUGCAAGGCCUACAUGUGCCCCAACAUGAAGUUCAUAGACGCCGGCAGGCACUUCAAGUGCGCCUUCUGCAAGGCCACCACCGAAGUGCCGAUGGAGUACACGCAGUAUAUAAACAGUAUGCAGCAGUACGGGCGCGUGCCGGCUGAGAUGGCGCUGGGGGCGUACGAGAUAGUCGCCACUAAGGAGUACUGCAGGAAUAACACUCUACCCAACCCGCCGGCCGUCGUGUUUGUUAUAGACGUAUCAUAUAACUCUAUCAAAAGUGGUCUGCUGCAAACCAUCUGCGAUAACGUCAACAGGUUCAUAGAGGCGUUGCCGACAGACCCUCAGACUGGUGAGACCUGGACCCGUAUUGGAUUCAUCACGUACAGUUCCACGGUCCACUUCUAUAAUGGCUCCCUGGCGCAGCCGCAGAUGCUGUCAGUGGGGGACGUGGGGGACAUGUUCGUGCCGCUGCUGGAGGGGUUCCUGGUGCGCGCCGAGGACAGCGGGGAGGUGCUGCAGCAGCUGCUGGCCCAGCUACCCGACCUGUUCCGCGACAACAAGGAGACCGAGACCAUCCUGCUGCCCGCCGUGCAGGCGGGUCUUGAAGCGUUAAAGGCGGCGGACACUUCGGGCCAACUGUUAGUUUUCCACACGAGCCUUCCGACAUAUAACGCGCCCGGCAAACUGAACAACCGCGAGGACAGGAAACUGCUCGGCACAGAUAAAGAGAAACAGAUAUUAGGUGAGUGUACAGCCGUCUUCUGCUCGGCGGCGGGCGUGUGCGUGGAGCUGUUCGUGUGCAACAACGCGUACGCGGACGCGGCCACCGUGGGCCAACUGCCGCGCCUCACCGGCGGACAGACGCACAAGUACACCUACUUCACGGCGGACGGCGCGCGCCUGGCGUGGGACGUGGCGCGCGUGCUGGCGCGGCCCACGGCGCACGACGCCGUCAUGCGCGUGCGCGCCUCCAGCGGCGUGCGCGCCACCGACUUCUACGGCCAUCUGUUCAUGGCCAACACCACCGACGUCGAGCUGGCCGCCGUGGACGCGGACAAGGCCGUCGGCAUCGAGAUCAAGCACGACGACAAGCUCACGGGCGAGGACGGCGUCUACGUCCAGGCGGCGCUGCUGUACACGCAUCGCUCCGGCCAGCGGCGGCUGCGGAUCCUCAACUUGGCGCUCAAUGUGGCGCACCAGCUCGCGGACGCGUACAGGAGUAUGGAGCUGGAUACCUGCAUCAAUUUCCUUACGAAGCAAGCGGUGUGGGCGGUGCGCGAGACGGGCGGGCGUGCGGCGCGCGAGGCGCUGUCGGGCCGCUGUGCGCGCUCCCUGGCCGCCUACCGCCGCCACUGCGCCUCCCCCUCCGCCGCCGGACAGCUCGUGCUGCCCGAGUCCAUGAAGCUGCUGCCCCUCUACACCUGCUGCCUGCUGCGCUCCGACGCCCUCGCCGGAGGUCCGGACAUAACGUGCGACGACCGCUCGUGCGCCAUGUACCGCGCGCUGUGCGCGGGCGUGGAGCUGUCGGUCGCGUACACUUACCCGCGCCUGCUGCCGCUGCACGAGUUGCCCGCCCCCGCGCGCCCGCGCCCGCUGCGCGCCUCCGCCGACAAGAUGGCCGACAACGGCGUCUAUCUGCUCGAGAAUGGGGUGCACAUGCUGCUGUGGGUGGGGUCUCAGGCGCCUAGCGAUUUUGUUCGCGACGUGUUCGGUGUACCGUCAGCACAACAAGUGGACACGCAAGUGGCGGAGUUGCCGAUACUCGACAACGACACUAGCGCCGCCGUCAGGGAACUACUGCAGGAAGCGAGGGUGCUCCGCCGCAGCGCCAUGCGGUUAACUAUAAUGAGACAACACGACAAACUGGAAACUGUACUCAGGCAUUUCCUGGUCGAAGAUCGAGGCGUCGACGGCAGCGCGUCAUACGUAGACUAUCUCUGCCACAUACACAAGGAGAUAAGAGCUCUCCUAUAG